AUGGCAGACGCCAUUUUUCCACGGAUUAUGGGCGCAUCAACAACAAAAGAAGCAUGGGACACCUUGCAGGAUGAGUUCCAAGGAACAGUCAAGGUAAGCACUGUUAAACUACAGAAGCUCAGAAGAGAUUUUGAAAAUCUUAAAAUGAAGGAUAAUGAGACCGCAAAAGAUUACUAUUAUAGAAUUAGAGAAAUAGUAAAUAAAAUGGGAGCUUAUGGGGAAAUAAUUUAUGACAAGAAAAUAGUAGAAAAAAUACUAAUUUCUUGUACAGAAAAAUAUGAUGCACUAAUCUCUGUGAUAGAAGAAACAAAAGAUUUAGAUACUUUAUCACUAACUGAAUUAAUGGGCUCUCUUGAAGCAUAUGAAACUGCAUCAGAAGAAAAAGAUACUUGGUAUCUAGACAGUGGUUGCAGUAAUCACAUGACAAAAAAUGAAAGCAUCUUUUGUAGUCUUGAUAAAUCCAAGACUAGAGUCAAGAUUGGUAAUGGUGACUUCAAAGAAGCAGUUGGAAAAGGCAGCAUUGCCAUUGACACUAAAAAGGGCAAGAGAUACAUCAAUGAUGUACUCUUGGUACCCAACAUUGAUCAGAACCUACUCAGUGUAGGACAAAUGAUUGAAAAAGGGUAG